CUCGGACCUUGCAUAGGAUAACGGUGCCCUGGGGUCACAUAGUGAUCAGGUAUUUCUACUAACACCACCCAGUGGCACCACAGUGAUAUUGUGGUACAGUGUUUUGUCGUAUGGCACUUAAAACAACCUCUUACAGGUGCUGAUUUUAGGCCAUGCCUAUGAAAGACAUCUGGUGUUACAGUGAAGCACAGAAGAAUGUACUUGAAAGAUUUCAAAAAGAAUGGGAACCACCAGCUGUUCCUUGUGCUACACCCAUGACAACUUUUCUUAAAAAAAGGAUUUGUGAACCAAUAUCAAAUGUCCAUCCUGCUCAUUCUAACCCGAAACAUCUAAAUAGUGAUGAGAUUCCCCAACGGAGGCUUUGUGCAAGCUACAAUUUACAAUUAAAUGACUUGCAUGUACCUACAACAAGAAACAUCUACCAGAAUGGGAUGCAGAAGAUAAUCCCUGGAGGGAAGACAUGGCAUAAUGAACUGUGUGCAUCCGAUCCAGUAAGGAAUAUCCUGGGGAAAAGAGAUUACUUGAAGACUCCUAAAGUCCAUGAUAUUCUUCUAAAGUAUGGAGGGCCUGAAGCCUCUACAGUGAAACCCACUCUUUUGACAAGGAAAACACUUCCAGAGAAGAUUAUUCCUACUUAUGAAGUCAAUGUUAAGAACACUAAAAACUUGUUCUUUAUGCCACAGAAUAAACUAAGGGUUGGAAACUUGCACCCCAAAAGAUACCAUAUGCAGCAGAAAAAGAAAGUACCUUUUAUAUUCUAAUUUAAGACAUUUUUAGCCUGGGUAGGUGUAUGAGUAGGAAUAAAAGCUGGA